UAAGUUCAAAAAUAAUUUAAAUAAAAAUAUGACAACAGAACAACUGCAUUAUUUACAAGUAUCUAUGUGUCUCAGAAAUUACAACAUGACUUUGGCUUAUAAUUUCUCGGCUUAAUCGUAUACCUUUAAAGUGUUACCGUAUACCUUUAAAACUGUGAAUAUUGAACCGCCAGCAAAAUAUUAAUUCUUAAAAUGGAAAACCAGUCACUUAAUUAUAUGCGAGAAAGUACACGAAAUUUUAUAAAUUUUCAUCGUCGGAAACACAAAAAUGAAUGUAGUGAUAUCCAUCGUCCUCUAGAAGAUAUUGGAAUCACAUCAGAAAUAAUAGCACAAAUAUCAAACAAAUUACAUACCAAGUCUUCCAUAUCUGCUAAAGAAUUGAAAAUACUCAAAAAUGGGUUUAUGAAUCCUAAAAAUGUGGAGAUAUUUUUACAUGUGCAUGGUGCCUUAAGAGGUCUUAUUAGGGAACUAACAUGUUCCGAUAUUAAAAAGCAGUGUAUAUCAGCAGGUUGUGUCUGUAACCUGUCUCUCGGGGACAGCGGAAGCUGCAGCAUCAUAGCCAAAGCUGGUGGACCAUACCUGAAUGCUUCGCUUGAUAACCUGACUGUGGAAUUAGCUGUAAACUGUGCUUGGGCUCUGGGUAAUUUGGCCGGAUCCGAUGUUAAAGUAUGUAAAAUUCUGGUGACUCAAGGAGCCCUAAACAAACUGUGCAAAGUUUACACAAAUGAAGACAUUCAAAACGCUGCUUUAUAUGCCCUGCUACACUUUGUAUAUCAAUUGAGAGAUGAGUUGAGGCCAGAACACUUGCAAGAGAUCCUGCAAACGAUUACAGAACUGGACAUAACCAUGUCAUCAUCACGGAUUCUCUUCAUACUGUCGUGUCAUGAGAAUUUCCCUGAACACAUUUCCGAACAAUUGUUACAAAAAAUUCUCAUUAAUGUGACGUCUUUGAUAGAGUCACAACAAAAUUGCAAACAGGAAUGGGAUUGUGAAUUAGUCUAUUUAAUACGGACGUUAGCCAACUCAGGAAGGUUUGAUUAUAUCUUGAAUUACUUAUCUGUGAACGGCAUGUCUUUAAAACAGUUGUUGGAUGCCAGUAACCCUAUAAGUGAAUCUGUGCUGUGGUUGCUAGGUAAUAUGUACAAUUACUGUAGUGAUAGAGAAAUAUUCUGUAAAGUUAUUAAUUGAUAAAUCCAACAUUAAUAUUUAUAAGUCAUUUUCAUUUUGUGUAAGUUAUUAUCACACACUGAAUCGUAUGUGAUAAAUAAAACACAUUUGUUUGCAAUAAAUAUAUUAAUAUAUUAAUUUGGAUAACUUGUUACUGCUACAGAUUAGUAUGUGUCUCACAUGUGUAGCCAACUGUCCGCACAGAUCACUAUCACUUGCAAAGUCAAGAUCUACAGAUACCGCCAACGUCUAUCAUGAAGACAAACCCGUUGGUGUAUGUUAAAGUUGACAUUAAUAACACUGUGCAAACAAUAAUCUAAAUGGCAGUCUUAGUUUUAAACUACAUCCUUUGGAAUGACAAUGACCGUCAACCUUUCCCGACAGUCGACAGUUGAGCAUUGUUACAUUUCAUACACAUUUAUUAUAUAUCACUAAAGCAACAUAUAAAUAAAACCAUCUUUUGCUCA